AGUCCGGGCGGACUUAACCCCGGAGCACUCUGCCCAAGGGAGGCGCGGGCGGACGCCCGAGCGCACAGAGGCCCCCUCUUGUCCAGCAGUUUGCACCUGCCCAGUGACCAUGAUCGGUACGUGGUGCCUGUCAGUGUUCGUGAGGUUCAACUCCAGCCACGGUUUCCCAGUGGAGGUGGAUUCUGCCACCAGCAUCUUCCAGCUCAAGGAGGAGGUUGCUAAGCGACAGGGGGUUCCAGCCGACCAGCUGCGCGUGAUUUUCGCGGGGAAGGAGCUCAGGAAUGACCUGGUGGUGCAGAGCUGCGACCUGGGCCAGCAGAGCAUCGUCCACGUGGUGCUGAGACCCGGGAGAGAAGGCCCCGCGAUGGCCGCCGGCGGGGACCGUCCCCCAGGCACUGCGGGGGCCUUCGCAAGGGAGCCCGAGAGCCUGACCCGCGUGGACUUCAGCAGCUCCGUGCUCCCCACCGACUCCGCGGGCCUGGCCGUCAUUCUGCACGACGACAGAGAGGGCGCUGCGCGGACAGUGGGCAGACCAGCAGGUCGACCGGCCUACAACAGCUUCUACGUCUACUGCAAGGGCCCCUGCCAGCGGGUGCAGCCCGGGAAGCUCCGGGUGCGGUGCGGCACCUGCCAGCAAGCCACGCUCACCUUGGCCCAGGGCCCGUCCUGCUGGGACGACGUCCUGAUCCCGAAGCGGAUGAGGGGUGAGUGCCAGUCGCCAGGCUGCCCCGGGACAAGCGCAGAAUUUUUUUUUAAAUGUUCAGCACACCCGACCUCUGACAAAGAAACAUCAGUAGCUUUGAACCUGAUCACAACCAACAGCCGGGGCAUCACCUGCAUCACGUGCACCGACAUCAGGAGCCCGGUCCUGGUUUUCCAGUGCAACCACCGCCACGUGAUCUGCUUGGACUGCUUCCACCUGUACUGCGUGACCAGGCUCAACGACCGGCAGUUUGUCCACGACCCGCAGCUGGGCUACUCGCUGCCGUGUGUGGCCGGCUGCCCCGACUCCUUGAUCAAAGAGCUCCAUCACUUCAGGGUCCUCGGGGAAGAGCAGUACGGCCGCUACCAGCACUACGGCGCCGAGGAGUGCGUGCUGCGCAUGGGCGGCGUGCUGUGCCCGCGCCCCGGCUGCGGCGCCGGGCUGCUCCCCGAGCCCGGGCAGCGGAGGGUCACCUGCGAGGCCGGCGGCCUGGGCUGCGGGCUCAUCUUCUGCCGCGACUGUAAGGACGCCUACCAUGAGGGAGAGUGCAGCGCCCUGGCCGCCGCCUCAGGGGCAGCCGCUCAGGCCUACCGGGUGGACGCGAGGGCGGCCGAGCAGGCUCGCUGGGAGGAGUCCUCCCGGGAGACCAUCAAGAAGACCACCAAGCCCUGCCCGCGCUGCCACGUGCCCGUGGAGAAGAACGGCGGAUGCAUGCACAUGAAGUGCCCGCAGCCCCAGUGCCAGCUGGAGUGGUGCUGGAACUGCAGCUGCGAGUGGAGCCGUGCCUGCAUGGGCGCCCACUGGUUCGACGUGUAGCUGCCGCGGGCCCGCUGUCAGCGCUGGAACUCCGUGUCCAGCGGCGUCUGCCCUCUCCCUUUCUCCACACGCACACACAUGCACGCACACACAUGCACGCACACACAUGCACACACACAUUCGCACGCACACACAUGUGCGCACACAUAGGCACACACAUGCACACAGUUCUUUCCAAAAUGACAGCAGCAGGUCUGGGCAGCUCCCGGCCUCGCGUCGAUUGUGCCGGGAAAUCCAGCAGCACGAGGUCUCGGUCUGGGCCGCGCACAGCAGCGUGCGGGCGGCAUGAGCCGCCUCCCGGAGGCCUGGCAUCUCGGGAGCUCGAGGCCGCUGGGAGGGACGGAGCCGUCUCAGGUUUAACUCCCCGCGCUCCACCCCCGGCCGGUGCUGGUAGGAGCGAUGGUGGGAGGUGCCGAGCGUCUGUCUCGGUUCUAGGCCGAUGGCCACAGCCCUCAGGCCUGGACUCGCCACCCACGCGAGGCUCCGUCUUCCCACGGAAGCGCAGCAGCAGCCGCACACGGUCCCCGGGUUCCCUUUCCGCGGGGAUGAGUCUCCCGCUGCACAAAGCAGGUGCCGCUCACGUGAGGAGCCACGGGGGCCGACCCCACUGAGGAGUGUAGAUCGCAGGCAGAACCCACACGCACUGUGCAUGCCGCUUCAUUAGGAGCCAUUUCGGAAACUUUUUCUGAAAAUGUUACCAAACCUAUCAUUUGAUUAUGGACAUUCAUGCUGCAGCGUGGACAGAAUGGCUCGGUGCCCUGGAGGGGGCGACCCAGUGUCAGGGGCCAUCGGAACAGCCUCUCUCCCGUCUCCCGGGGCGUGUCCAGGCCCAGUAACGUGAGCCAGACCUGCUGCCAGGUGGUCUGAGAGGCCUGCCCCGCCCGCGGCCCCCCUGCUGCACUGGUCGGAUUGCGGGGCUGGUGACUUUCCAUCGACGGUCACACAUCAGUGAGGCGUGUGCCCACAUCAGUGAGGCGUGUGCCCGCGGGCAGAGCCCAGCGCCGGCACCGGAGGCGGGAGGAAGCGCCUGCCUCUGCUCUCGGCUCCUCUCCUCGGGCGAUGGUGACCACGUGGGCGGAACCGUCCACUGCACCUGGGCCCCUUUUGCACGUGGGGCCCCGGAAGCUGGAUCAGCAGCAGGACUUCUCCUUUGCUGAGAGGGAAGGGGAGGGGCCUCGGAAAUGCCCCAAGGCCGCCUGCCCUCUCUCCCGAACCCCCACUCAGGGACAGCCCUUCCCCUACCCCCCCUUCUCUGUCCGCGUGGCCCCCAGGCCGCCGGGCUCGAUGGGAAGCCCGCGGGCCAUGCAGGGAUAAUGGGGCCGAGGUCUGGCCGUGGGAGAGGAAGGUCCGAGGCUGAGCCACAUGCGCCAAGGCCGGCGUCGCUGCUCAGUCUGCAACGCUCAGGCCGGCGUCCGUCCGACAAUCCCAGCAGCAGCUGCCGGCACUGACCCCCCCCCCCCGCCCCCACGUGACACACGGACGGCCCCUCGCCACGUGGGCGCCGCGUUCCACGUCCUCGGGUCCUCGGUCCGCGCUGUCAGGUGCGCCGCGGCCGGGGUUUGCUCCCCGCGUCAGGCACAGGAGGCCCCGUCCCCGCUCCUCCCCUGGUGGUUGGGUUUGCCUGCUUUUUCCGGAAGAGAACGCGGAUCCUUGGAGUGCGUGAGAAAAGCCAGCCUCUGCGCCCGAAUGUGACGCGCCGGCUGCUGUAAACGGCCGGAGCGUGAACUCGGCCGCAGAAUGUACACAGGCCUGUCCUCUCCCCCAGGAAGGCGCUCGGGGACGGGCCGAGGCUCUGUUCAAAUUGUCAAUAAAAGCACCUGAGCGCC